GAACCAAACAUACCCUCUAUACCUCGAUAAGUAAAAUGUGGAGGAUAAGAUACAUACCAAAAUUCCCCUCCAAGAGAGGUUGUUAUUAACCAAAAGGAAAAAGGGAAAUGCAGAAGUAUAUAAAGAGUUCAGCUUGCAUUGCAUUCAGCUUCUGAAUGGUUUCAGUUAGUUCGGUUCUGAAAUCUGAACUAUUGACAUGUCUAUAAUUACCACUGUUUAAGCAUAGAGAACUGUGCUAAAGCCUUUAUUUCUGAUACAUCAAUAAUCCUCUGUACUAUGUUCUUUCAAUUUCUCUGUAACUCUCUACACCUUAGCUUUGCUAUAAAUAUUGUGAUAAAACAUCAACAAGUUUAUAGUUUGCCUUUGCUAUAAAUAUCUUUAUUCAGAGUGUAUAAUUUCAUGCAAUGCCUUCACAUAGUUUUCUCAUUAUAACACCCUCUAUAUCAGUUUAUUUGCUCCUGAUUGAUUUUUGCAAUUUUUAGUAAAUUUUUCGAAACCGAAUUUUUCGAAAGAUUUGCUCUGUUUUGGCUCUGUUUUAUUGAAUCUGACUUGCUGUCUUGCUUGAACUUGUGGAACUUUAUUGCGAAAAAUGAAGGGUAUCAUAAAAUCUAAGGCCAGUUCUAAGGUUCUUGUUUUUAUACUUUACAUGAGUGUUGUAUUUGGUGAUGGAGAAGAAGCUGAAACACUGGGAGCUUUGAUGGAGAAAAGAGAGCAAGAAGCUCUGUACUCUGUCAUUCAAGGGUUUGUGGGCAAGUCAUGGAAUGGCUCAGAUCUCUAUCCUGAUCCUUGUGGUUGGACUCCUAUUCAGGGUGUUACUUGUGAUAUAUUUGAUGAUGGCUACUGGGCUGUCACAGCUUUAAACAUUGGCCUCGUUCAUGAAAAUUCUCCUAGUUGUGUCCCAGAUAUGGAGUUCAGCUCUGAAUUAUUUGCCCUGAAGCACCUCAAAAUCCUAUCCUUUGUUAACUGCAUGGUACACAAAAACCAUCCAAUUACAAUCCCCGCGAAGAAUUGGAGUGCGCUUUCAGGCAGUUUAGAGUCACUAGAGUUCAGAUCAAAUCCAGGCCUUAUGGGAAAAAUCCCCAUCAGUUUUGGCAGCCUCAGUAAUCUUCAAUCACUUGUGCUCUUAGAAAAUGGAUUAAGUGGUCAAUUACCGACAAAUUUAGGCAACUUAAUCAACUUGAAGCGGCUAGUACUGUCAGGAAAUCAGUUUACAGGUCAAAUUCCAUCGAACUUUGGCAGCUUGAGACGGCUACUAAUUAUGGACUUGAGUCGAAACUCAUUAUCCGGGACUUUGCCUUUUACUCUGGGCGGGUUGAAGUCAUUGUUGAAACUUGAUCUUAGCAACAAUAAGUUCAUGGGAAGUAUUCCCCACGAGAUCGAAGACCUGAAAAAUCUAACUUUGUUAGACCUCAGCAGAAACAAACUCUCAGGUUUUCUGAUAAAUUCACUUAAAGAAUUGAGUUCUUUGGAAGAGCUGGUAUUAUCAAGAAAUUCAAUAACUGGAAGCUUGAUGAAUCUUAAUUGGCGAAAUCUACAGAGCCUAAUUAUCUUAGAUCUCUCGGAAAUGAACUUAACCGGUGAAGUUCCAGAGUCCAUUUCAGAGCUGAAAGGACUCAGAUUCUUAGGCCUUAAUGACAACAAUCUCACUGGUGAGCUCUCACCAAAACUAGCAGAAAUGCCUAAUGUUACUGCAAUGUACAUCAAUGGAAAUAAUUUCACUGGACAACUUAAUUUCUCCGAAUCAUUUUACGCGAAAAUGGGGAGGCGUUUCGGGGCUUGGAACAAUCCGAAUCUCUGUUACACCAUUGGCUUGACAUCAGACAGCCUAGCUCCUUCUGGUAUUGCACCAUGUCAAUAUCAAACUUGAUAGUGCAUCAGUGUUUGCUCUGUUCUUCUAGUUUGAUAUUAAUGUACAAUUUUGUUUAGAAGUUUAGAUGUCCAGAAGUGGAAGAUUAGGCUUUUUGAUGUGUAAAUUAGUUGAGCUUUAUCAUGCAUUUCAGUGUUUCACGUUCUAAUCUCCUGCAUUUUCCUCUGUUCUAAUGCUUGCAUGCAGUAUCUUGAACGUAUCUGCUGGCAAGCUAGACACAUCAAAAUAUUCUGUCAGCAUUUCAGUGAAAUAUAUUUUCCUUUACUUUUUUUUUCC